CUCACUCUAGGAAAUGGACUUAUUUCCCAACUAAAGUUGUCUCUUAAGUGGGGUCGAAAUAAGGUUAUGGCUAGGAAGUCCCUGACACCCAAGCCAGUGAGUGUCUCGGAAGCCUGCGAGGGGCGGAGACCCGGCCGGGGGAGGUGGAGAAGCUCGGCGGCCGCGGGAGACGGAGGGUGAGGCUGCUGCGAGGAAGACCCGGUCAGCUGUCCCUUCCCCCACUGGUCCUCUUAGGGGGAGUGGAGAUGUGGGCCUUGGAGCUGCGUGGCCCGGGUUGUUCGGAUUCCCUAAACGCCGCACUUGCGCACAGCCCCUUACGUAACCAGCAGUGCUGGGGAUUCCCUAGAGGGGGUCAUUCUAUUCAACCAUUAUACACACCCCGGGCUCCUGCCGCCGCGCCGCCGCCGCCUCACAAAAUGGCGGCGCCCAUAGAGGAGACAGCGGCCGCCUCUUCGGCCCCAUUUUGUGGGAGGCAAAAGAUCUGUCAACAUGGAAUACCUCCGCUGAGGAUGCAUCCGAGUUUGGAAACCCCACUUAAGGGAUGGAGCCUAGGGGAUCACGUUAGACGGAAAAUGUCAACGACUUCUGCCACCUCUACGCGUUUUUACUUUUUCAUUUUCUCGAAGGAAACGCCAGAAGCCUGUGGGGUAAUUGUAACUGGAGGGAGAAGGAGAAGCUGAGCUGACUGCUCCGGGGACUUGCGCGGCGCCUUGGUAGCUUUUGUUGCUCUUCCGCGCUCCCGGCAGCUGACCGGUAACUCUCGGAGGAUCUCCUGGGCCACCUCGGCCGCGCCAGUCGUGCAAUGAGACUUUUUGAUAGUUUUAAAAUGCCACAGUCCACGGCCCGGUCGGCACUGCUCUCCUGAACGGUGGGCUUCGGGAAUCCUGGAAGGCUGCUGCUCAGGAACUCGCGGUCGGCCGGGAGCCGGGGAGCUCGGUUACCGGGAGCGGGCGGUACUCGCGGAUUCCGGCGGCCCUGGCGGGUCGCUGCCCGGAUCCGAGCCGGGGGUGAUGGCGCUGAUAGAGCUGAUGGGGCACGAGUGGGAACGGAGGCACUGAAAUUUAAAUCGUCCGAGUUGGGACUUAAGAUUGCAGGUUAAUAUUGUCGCAGGCUAGACUUAGAACGUCUUUUCUAGUAUCCCAGUCUGCAGUGGGCAAAUCUAUUGUCUUUAUUUCUCAUUUAAGGGCAGAAUGGAAGGGUGACAUAUUUUUACUUUUCAAGAGGCGGUUGCCACUUUUAAGUUGCUGUUAUUAAUAUGUGCGUGUACAUACACAAACAUAUACAAUUAGUGUGUUUUGCUUUUCAGAGCAAGAAUCAAAGGCUAAAGACUUGGAGUGAUACUAACGUUUUGAAGUCUUUUUUUUUUUUUUAAAAAUAAGACGUGAUGAGAAACUGGAGAACUGACUAUUGAAAAUUCGUUUUCUGUAGAAGAGGCUGUCUUCAAAAUGGAGUCCUAAAGUAUAUCUGAUGGAUAUAAUUUAAAUUCUUAACACUGUAUACUCUGGUCAAAAGCAUAAACACAAAACUUGAUGUUUAUCAAUUACUUAUGCUUCAAUUUUCCUGUGACUAGAAAAAUGUAAGACAAAAGUAAGCUAUUAACGAUAUUUGCUUGCAAGAGUAACUUAAAGGUUUAAGAAAAGGUUUAUUUGUUGAAACAUACGCAUCACGAAUAAUUUAUUUUAAAUGAUGUUGUCCAGUUGCAGCAAUCAUUUGUGCUUACAUGACUUUUUUAAAAAGGGGCUUUGUUUGUUGAUUUUGACCCUCAUAUUUAAUCUCUAGUGCAGAAGUGCAGCUUUCAGCAGGCUGCGCCUCAAUCACUAAGUUCCAGGCUCCAUCCUCUGCCGCAUCCGGUUACUACUUCAGGCGUGUGGAUCACCAAGAUACAAUUUCUGGUCCUGUCUGUUCUUACUGAUGUCCUUUAGAGUUAAUAAAUUUGAUUGCCACUAA